AUGUUUUUUUUAAAAAAUGUAAGAAGAUAUUGCUUUUAUUCGAAAAUUUAUGAAAAUAUAAGAAUUGUAAAGCAGGUUAAAUUACAGAGGAGGGAAAAGCAGGAUGGGGAGAAAUCACCUGUUUGUAAAAGUGAGCAAACACAAUCGAGUGUUACUGCGAAUGAAAGGAAGAAUGAAGGUAACUUCACCACGAAAGAUUUAAAAUCAGAUAAACAAUUUUAUGAAAAAAUAUAUAAUAAAAUAAAACAGAAAAAUGUUAAAUUGGAAGAAAAAGAAGUAGAAAUACCAUAUGAUUCUCUUGAAGGACAGAUUCGAGAAAAAUUCACUGUUAAAAAUGAGCCUUUUGAGAAAGAUCAACAGGUGGAAAAUGAGAAAAAAAUAUCCAGUAUCAAUCGUCGGAGGUUUAAUGAAAGCCCAAUUGAGGGGACAACUUGUGUAAUAGAAAAAUAUUAUGAAAAAGGAUACAAUACAUAUUUGAAAGAAAAAAAAAAAGACUCUCGCUUAACAUGUAAUUGGGACCUUGCAAGUAACAAAAGUAAAAAUAUUAAAGAUGAAAAACAUUUGAAGCUGAAAAAUAAUUACUUAAAAAGUAAGGAUAUGUAUUUAAAAGUUAAGGAUGAAUAUGUAAGUGGAUAUAAAGGAUGUAGAAAUAGACAAGAAAUGGAAAAAACAUCAAAUAUACGUUCAGAUAGGGCAAUUUCCCCCUUACAGUCAUGUGCAUCUAAUGGGAAGAAGAUUAAAAGAAAGGGUAAAUUAGAAGAGAAAGAUUCCUGUUUGACACAAAAAGAAAUAAUAUUGGGAGAUUUACCAUUCAGAAAUGAACAACCGAUGAAGACAAAAAUGUCUGAAUAUAAUGUAAUAGAAAACGAGAGUCAAAAAAAAGUAAAAAGUCUUCCUAGUAGCAAAGAUAAUCAAAGAAAUAUACAACGCCAUCUUAAGUAUAUUUAUAAAAGUAAGUUAAAUAAGGAUUUACAAAAUGGUAAAGACUAUAAGGAGCAUAAUAAUACCUUUUUGGAAGCAAAGUUGGAAAAGACAAAAAACACGAAAGGAUUAUCCAAAGGAGUGGACGAAACGGUGGAUAAAUAUUACAUCCUCGUGGAGUAUGAAAAAUAUUGGGAAGAGGAAAAAAUAGACAAAAUUUUACAAAUACAAAAAGAUAGUAAGAAAAUUUUAAAAAAUAAACUAUUCAAGGGAGUCUUAUGUGUUUCCCCUUUUGAUACAAGUAAAUGUGUUGUGGUUAGUGAGGAAGAUUCCAUAGGUUUAUCGAAAAAAAAUGUCUUUUCUAUUUAUGGAUAUAUUAGCCGAAAUAGAGCACUAAAUGAUGAUAUAGUGUAUGCGUAUACUGCUCGAAGAAGAAUCAACAGAUUUGGAGAUUCAGAAAAUUUAGAGGAAAUACUUGAAACAAAUCAGAUAGUAGACACCAUUUCCGUAAGUGAAAAAGAAGAUGAAAAAAUGGAAAAUUUUUGCAGAGUUGUUAAUAUUGUUGAAAGAAAAAAUACACAAAUUGUAUGCACUUUGAAUUAUCAAAAUAUUAAAGAAAGUAUAUGCAACACAUUUGGUGAGAAGGGCGUAUCAUCUAGGUUGAAAAAUACAGACCCAUCGAAAAUGUGGCAUUUUGUAAAAAAUGCACAGGAUGAAGGCGUAAAUUACAACUGUGAUGAGAAUAACAUAAUAAUUGAGUCAACUCUGGAAAAUCCAUUUAGGCAAACUAUUAAGAAAGGGGCAAAAGGAAACGAAUACCUAUGCGCAAAAAUACAGCCCCUUGACACAAGGUUACCCUGCUUCAUAUACGACUCUUUUAAUUUUAUGAUAAAUGAGUUAUUUUGCUAUUUGAAAAAAAAAAAGAUGAAUUUAUACCUUUUAGUGAAAUUUAAUAAAUGGGAUGAACACCAAAUUAAUCCAUCCGGAAGUAUUACGACCAUAUUAGGAAAUGAAAAGAAUUUUUUUGGUCUCAUUUACUUUUUUAUCCAUUUUUACAAAAUACAUUUUCACAUUUAUAAUAAAGAUGACAUGUCUUAUUUGAGGAGUAUGAUGGAGGUAAGCAGCAAAAUGCUUUCAACUUUUGAGAAUCGUAAUUUUGUUUCGUUGAAUUUACAAGGUAUGGAAGGUGGAACCCAGUUAGGAAUUCCAUACGAAACGGGACCUCUAACAGAUGCAGAAACGGAUGUGGAAAGAGAAGCAUCUUCAGUAACACAGCAUCGACUCAAAAUGGCUUAUUUGAGGAAUAUUCAAGAAAAUAAUAAGUGUAUCGAAAAGUAUAUGCUAAAAAGUUUCUUUAAAAAUAGGGAAAUUAUAACGGAUUUAGAUAUAUUUACUAUAGAUCCAUUAAAUGCAAAAGAUUUGGAUGAUGCAUUAUCAAUUGAAUUCAUCACAAAUAAUUGCAGCAGUGUAGAAACUGAAUUUGAGUAUCGAAUAGGAGUGCACAUUUCUGAUGUCUCCUUUUUCGUACAUCCCGAUUCAUACUAUGAUAGAGCGGCAUCCAAAGUGUGCAACACGAUAUACAUGGAUUUUCUUGUAAUUCACAUGCUUCCACGUAUUUUAAGCGAAGAAAUAUGUUCCCUAAACACUGAAGGCGAGAAACUUUCCUUUUCUGUCUUUUUCCAUCUGGACAACCGAACGAACCCCUAUGAUAUUACAAAGAGAAAAAAUGGAAAAGAUGUGAAAUUUAAAAAAACCCUAAUUAAGAGUAAGUACAAAUUAAAUUAUGAUGUAGUUGAAGAUUUCCUGGAUGAAGUUUAUUUCCACAUUGAGAAUGUUAGUAAAAAUUUAAAGGAAAUGGAAAAAAAAAUACUAAUAAAUGGUAAUUUCCCUCUAAACUAUUUUUUAUUAGAAUUUGAAAAAAUAUGUAAUAAGUAUAAUAUAAACACCAAAGUGGGUAGUGACAUAUUUCGAUUAUACCUAUUAUCCAGAAUGUUGAAGGAGAAAAAUGGAAGGAAAAGCAUGAACACAAAGUCGUCCUUGCUAUUUUCAUUGAAUGAGUCCGAUUUAACUGAACAGUACUCACGUGAUAGAGUAGAUCCAAUAAUGAUAGAAGAAAUGGAAAAAGAUUAUUAUCAUUCAAAUGGUGAAGGUGAUAAUGGAAUUCAUGAUUGUACGAGCGGGAGAAAACCUAGCAUGGAAUAUUUUUUGAAAAAGUAUAGAUUUCAAAUGAUGUUUAACGAAACAAACAUGGAAAAUAUACAUGUGGAAAAAAUGGAAUACAAAAAGAAGAGUCACAUGCUAAUAGAAGAAAUGAUGAUUUUAACAAAUUUUUUAGUAGCAGAUAAAAUUACCAAUAGUAACAAAUUGGGUAUUCUAAGAAUACAUGAAAAUACAUCUGAAGACAUUAAAAAUAAUCUCUUGCAUAUUAUUGAUUAUAAUACAUACAACAAAAUUAACGAGACCAUUAAUAUAGAAAAAAGUACAAUUAACGAUAUUUUAACCAUGUGUGAAGAAAUUUUAAAUGAAAACCAAUUUUUGUGUUUGCAGCAUAAUAUUUUGAAAUACUAUAAAGAGGCAAUAUACAUUCCAUAUGGAGAAGGAGAAAAGAAGACUGAUCAUUUUGGUUUGGUGCUAAGUAAGUAUAUCCAUUUUACCUCCCCUAUAAGGCGAUAUAUUGAUAUUAUUACGCACAGAAUUUUAACUAAUAUUUUGGAAUAUGAUGAGAAAUCAUUUUCUUACAGUUAUGAGGACUUGAAGAAAAUAUGUGAUCAGUGCAAUAUUCAGAAGAAAAAAACAGAUGAAGCACAAAUUCAUUUGAAGAAUGCCCUUCUAAAUAGAUACCUGAUAUAUUUGAACGAUUCAUAUCAAACAGAACAGGAAGUAGUUGAUAAAACACCUGAAAUGUCAACUAAAAAUGGAGAAGUUGAUAAUUCAGAGGAUGUAGUCUCGUGCACGCUUCACACAGAGGCUCACAAUUCGUAUGAUAACACCACGGAGCAGUAUAUGCUUCGUUCUAAAGAAAACAAUUGUAUGUAUGAACAGAACACGAGAAAGGAAAUUAGAUACACUCCACCUAAAAAAAAUGAACAAGAGGAAACUCAUAGACCUAUAAAGAAAUAUUUCUAUCGAAGAGAUGGUGUCAUAAGUUUCCCAACCGAAGCAUAUAUUCAAGAAAUAGUGAUAACGAAAAGUACAAAAGAAAAUAUUUGCUUAAAUAUAUUAAAUAACAAUUAUAUAGAUAUUGGCAAAAUUGGCAAUACUGAUGGAGUGGUCAAAUUAGAGACAUACACGUCCUAUAUUUUUAAUCCAUCCAAAGAAAGCAACGGCAUAAACAACUAUAUGGUGGAAAGAAGUGCUUCAAUAUCUGAUGAUAUAAAACUUAUGAAUUAUAGAGCUGAUGAAAUAACUAGUUUGGAUAAUAAUAGGGAAGAAAAUGCUAAAUGUAAAUUUAAGAAAAAUCAAAGUGAUAGUGGAAAAUUAAAAAAUGCCAUUGUUUUUUAUGUCCCAUUAUUAGAAACAGAGAAAUCAAUCAGUGAUAGUUUGUUGAAUCUAACGUUUCAAUAUAUCUUCGUGUUAUAUAGGGAAAAUAAUUUUAUUUAUGAUUUAUCGAAAGGGGUGUUAUACAGAUUAUGUGGAGAUACUGUUCGCGUAAAUGGACAGCCCAGUGAUAGUCAAAAUAAGUUAUUGGUAAUCGAAGCAACAGAAGGAACAAAAGAAGAAUCAGGAAAAAACAGGAACCAACUUGUGUUUAAAAUUCUUAAAAAAAUAAACAACUUUGAAUUAAAUGUUAAAUAUGAAUUACUAAAAUUGAAUGACAAAAAAGACUUUCAAAAUAUUUACAAUGUUUUGUACAUUCAGGACGUUUUCUUCAAAAGGGAUGAAAAUAACAAAUCGGAUGGAAAUUCCAAAAUAGGUCUGCAGCAGGAGAAAUGUAUAAAUGAGAAUAAUAAAAGAGGUGAAUGUUUGAUAAAAAAUCCUACUUGUUUUGUUGGGGACAAAAGGGAAAUGGAACAAGUGUUAAAGGAAGGUGAAAAUGAGAAUGUUGAAGAGUACGAAAUUAUAAGUAGAUUUCAGAAGAAGGAAAUUUAUAUUAUCCCUGGAUCUCAGCUAUGGACAUUGCGUUUAGCAUGA